AUGAAGCCAAUCAAUGGAGUGAUGAUUGUAUUUGCUCUAGCAGGGCUUGGCAGUUACUCCAUAUGCACCAAUGCAGAGUAUAUUGAUUCAACUAUGGAAAAUACAAUGGAAAAUGUCUCCAAUGACAAUGAGAUGGCCUACUUUCAAUCAUCCGAGUUUGAUGAAUCCGCAAACUUUACAUAUACCCACCUGGCUGUACAUAAGUCUGCUCCAGAGAUCAUUACAGAUCAAAAUUAUACUAUGCUUUACAAUGGGUCGUGGGUUGUUCAGCUAUAUCAAAAGCGGAGAUGCUCAUUCUCAGCAAGAUUACAGCUAAUGUGGCCAUAUAUUAUUCAUACAGGACUUGAGCAUGACCAUCAACUUCGGUUUGCUAAUGUUGAAAUAGGACAGAAUCCCGUUGCAGCAACAGUUCUGGAAAUCAAAUCACUGCCUACUCUCAAACUAAUUCAAAAUGGACGAGUGUUUACCUAUAUUGGAAAUAUGACACUUCCGUCGAUCCUGACAUUUGUUUCGAAUGGAACACAAACUGCUCGCUGGCACAAUAAUUUGCCACUUACAUAUCAUAUCUUGAGUUAUUAUCAGUUGAAAGCGUUUAUUGAAAUCUAUUCAUGGCAAGCAUCAAUCAUAGACAAUAUUUGUAACUUUAUUGGACAAGGAACAUCGUUAUGUCAAUAAAAUUGAUGAUCAGACUUACAGUCGAAUAAUUC